AUGGCUGAUCCUUUGUCGAUAGCAGGUACCGCGCUAGGUGUGGUGUCCCUCGCCCUGCAAGUACGCUCGGAAAUCACGUCCUACUGCAAAGCAUGGCGAGGCGCUCGGGAGGAAAUCCAAGAUGUAGCAAAUAAAGCCGAGGGACUUGUAGUGCCACUUGAGGCAUUGCAGGAAAUCAUCCAGGACACCCAGUUUACGAAUCCUGACAUUGCAAACGACCUGUUAAGCAAAGUAGACGUUCUUCGGGUGGGAAUCGAGAAGGUUCAGGCUUCUGUUGAAAAAUGCAGACCCGACUUUGAAGCUUUUGCUGGCGAAAGUUUUAGCGACAAGUUUCGCGCGCAUCGGAAACGCGCUGUGUAUCCGUUUCGCAAGGAUGCGUUGCGGGCAUUGGCGACUGAUCUCGAUGGGAUGCAGAUGAAUUUGCAAACUACUCUUCAUAUCUUCUCGGCACAAAAUGUGCGGCUUAUCCCAUCGAUGGUGGCUAUGCAAGGAAAGUUGCUCCGUGAAGUCCAAGAAAUGCAUUUAUCCCUGCAACGAGUUUCCAAUGGCCCUUCACAACCACCUCCCGCACUAUUGGAGUCUUGGUGCACCCAACAGCAAAAACAAGAGAAAGUAAUUACCUCUCGGUCAAAUGCAGCAGCUAAGAAGUACCGCUAUCAUAGCCGUCUCCUGGGCGUGACAGUCGCGGCUUCGUUCUCUCUGACCAGAGGAGCCGGAGGUUUCUCGAUCGCCCCGUAUCUCAGCAUCCUCAUUCCAGUAUCUAGGAAUAGUCCUGCAUUCCGCACGAUGUUUUUUUAUCCUCUGAUGGCAAAAUCUCUGGACCCGUCCGAGUUUGUAGAUAAUACGAUUGAGUUGUUGAAAUAUUUAUUUGAAGAACGACAAGCUUCUCCAUCUGACACCACCCCAGAUGGAGAAUCUCUCCUGGAUGCUGCGUGCUUUGCGUUUCGACAAGGUUCCGAAUAUCACAGAGAUGCGUAUACACAUUUCUCAAGAUUGUUAAUGUUUUUGAUCCACAGUGGCGCUGUACUGGAUAGAUCCCGCCUUAAAUAUACUGGCCUGGAUAGUUUCCUCGGUGCAUUCCCGCUAGAGGAAGAUGAGCAUGGCUUACAUAGACUCUUAAUCCAGCAAGGGGGAUUUGCUACCAUUAAUGGAGCAUUUCAAACUCGCUUGAGCAUCCCAAAUAUGCGGCGGGCACUCGAAGAGGAUGAAACAGCGGUUCACAUCCCCGAAAUCGCAAAGAGCAUCAUUCAACAAUCUGAAGUACACUUGCGGCAAGAGAUUCGAUCUGGCGCCUCAGUGAAUCAAAUUUUCGGAAACUCAACUUUACUCCAACUCUCCGUCAGCUGGAGCAAGGGGAUCCAAAUCCUGCUCGAAGCAGGGGCAGAUAUAAAUACCUUCUGCUACAGCUACCCAUUAGAGAUGGCGAUUCGGGGAAACUACUACGAAUCAGCAAAAGCAUUAUUAAAAUCAGGCUGUCCCUUGAAUCUGGAAUAUGUCUCCCUUUCCGAGAACCUCAAUGAUGAAGGGAAAAUGAGUUUCCUCUUAAUCGCAGAGCUUGUUUCCCGGCGCAAGAGAUUACUCAAAGUUGCUCAAGCGCACAUACCGUCCAGGGUAUUAGAUGAACUAUUUCCCAAAGAAAAUGAUUCGACUAUUCCCGAUAUCAAUGUUCCCAAGAUAAUCGCCACGCUCGCAGAACGAGGCGUGCGCCUUGAUUCAUCGCUGGAAAUUGAGUCUCCAGGCUCGAUAUACCAUCAUGCCUUCGUGAAGCCCAGGACAUUGGAUCGAUUAUACGAAGCGGGCUUCGACAGGGUCGAUCUUUAUGACUCAACAGGCCGAACUCCUCUCAUGAUUCCAUCUGUUUGCCAGAGCCUGAACGGCUAUUGUCAGAAGAGAGUUAAAUGGCUCCUUUCCAAAGGUGCGGAUCCAAACCGUAAACUACCGUGGAACACGGGUGGUACAGCAUUUCAUCUCCUCGCUGUUUGCAUGACCAACACGCUAUGGCCGAGUACGGUGCGUGCAUGGAUCUCAGGAACGCCUAAUAUCCGGGAAAAGAACGAAGAUCCGCUUUUGUUUACACGAUAUGUGUUGGAAACAGCAGAAAGGGAUAGUUGUAUUUGCGCUUGCGUGACAGGGCCCACCACUGAUGGUGAUGAGGAUGAGGAUGAGGAUGAGGAUGGAGGAGAAUUCCGAGGCUGUACGCCGUUUACGGCAGCGCUUCGCAGUCUCAUUUCCCCCCCACCAAGAUUUUACACCCAGGAAGCAGAAAGGUCUGGUAUCAAUUCCUUUGCGGAGACUAUUGGUUUCUUUAUCAGCCUGGUGGGAACGACUACCGAAAUUGAGCAUGCUGUCAUCCGACUGAUGACAUUUGAUGCCCUUGAUCUGAGACACACCUGCUGCCGUGAUAGCAACUUCCAGCAGACGCUCAAGCGCCCGGAUGAAGAUGAGGUACACGAAAUCCGAGACGAGGAGCAGAGGCUUUUGGAAGGGUUUGAGCGGCUUGUGGCUGAGCUCACGAGCAAGUUUGAGAAUAGCAGUCUUGUUAUCAUGGACUUUUUGCAGGGUCCAUGGUAUCGAGAUGUGGUUGAGUAUCUUUCUCAUUUGGACCCAUGCGACGAAGAGCAUGUCAAAGGGACUCAAGGCAUUGGAUUGAAUCUUGAGGUAGCGGGGGGCGUACUAGACCGAACGUCUCUUCUUGUUGGUUCGAGGAUAGAGGAGCUACCAGAUGAAUAA